GCUGGUGGUUUUCAAUCUUGAUGCCUCUGUUUCAAACAAUGAGCUUCAACAAAUUUUUGGCGUUUUUGGAGAAAUUAAAGAAAUUCACGAGACUUCACAUGAGCAAAAUCACAAAUUCAUUCGAGUUUUAUGAUGUUAGAGCUGUUGAAGCUGCUCUUUGUGCGUUGAAUAGUUGCGACAUUGGCGGAAAGCAGAUCAAAAUUGAACCAAGUCCUCCAGGGGGUAAUAAAUGCAACGUGGGCUAUGCAUUCAUCAACAUGAUUGAUCCACAACAGAUUAUUCCAUUCCUUAAGAGUGAAUGUAGUAGUAGUAGUUGCAUCAGCUGUGUGAUUUUCCUCUUCUCCUUCCCACCCUAUUAUUUCCUCCAUUUGUUGACAAUCCUGAAGUAUAAUCUUCUCCAAGUUUUGGAGGCCUUGUAGCAGCUCAAUUGGAAACAACCUCUUCAUUCUAGAACAUCGCCACAUUCCAAAGGAUUUAAGAUUGGAAAAGAUGUGAGGCGAUGUUGCUUCUACUCCUUCCACGUUCACAACAACACUCAAGUUGGGCAACUUAUCAAGAUACAGCGCUUCAAGGUUAUUAAUGAAAGAUGAUGAUGACGUCACCAUGUCAACCACACACCCUAUCUCUUCACACUCAGUAACAACACACCUUCUCAACUCAGUUGUUUUUUGGAGAGAAUAAAUAUCACUUAAGCUUCUAAAUUUUCUACACCGAUUAAUCCACAGUUCCUCCACGUCAUUUGGAAGCACCACACUAUCUUCUCCACCUACCUCACGUUCUCCUAAACUUAUUUCUUUAGAGAAAUUAUUAAUAAAAGGAUUAAAGGUGCAGUCCACUUGUCCAACCACAAGCUGGUAAUUACUCAAUCUUUUAAAAUGAUUAG